GUCGGAGGGAUACCGUGCGUUCGUAGAACCAAUAUGGCCGCCAUCUUGUUGUAAUAACUACCGAUUGUGGUGAAUUUUGCAGAAAAAUUCUCCAAAACGGCUGGAUACAUCAAGAUUUUGAAUCCCGUACCAGCCAGGAAAGAAUAUGAAGGAUCCAUAUAUUACGGUAAGACUAGUCGAGGCAGAGGUAGAGGCCGAGUUCCUGUGAUCGAUGAUGAUGAUGACAUGACCCCAGCACCAGCACCUGUACCCAUACCAGUAUCAGUACCUAACGUCCCUCCUGUCCAACCUGACUACAAACCUCCCCUCACCAUCAAAUCAGAGGGAGAGCCGGUGGAAGUUAGAACAGCUACCGACCAGCAGUUUCUGCCUCAGACCGGUGCAUCUGUAGAUCUUCCAAUGGAUGCUGGUCCUCCCCCUGGGGAAAGCUUCAUGACUUUUGGAGGUGGUGAUGGUGAACCAAUGGGGUCGGAUAUCCGGUGUGCUUUCUGUUGCUGCGGAGAGAGAUCUCUCCUUGGGCAGGGGGACAUGACCCGGUACGACCCCACCCCAGGGUUCAACCCCUUCAAGCGGAGGAUAGACCGGUCCCAGCGCAGCUCCACGGAGUCCGCAGGGGAUCAGAACGAGCGCAGCCCCAAACAGCACCUGACGUGGAGGAGACAGAGGGGACCUGGAAAGUCCUCCAGGGACAGAAGUAAGUCUCCAAGAAGAUCAAACCCCCACUACGAGACGGAGGCAGGCUGUUGUGCCGCGGGGAUGGAUGAGCUGAGCUGUGUGGGGAGGGCAGAGGAGGUGGAUCCCAGUGUGGUGUUUGAACCUUCAGGCCAUGCCUGGGCCCAUCACUGCUGUGCAGCGUGGUCAGAAGGAGUCUGUCUGGACGACAACGGCAUCCUCAUCAAUGUAGAUAAGGCUGUUUUCUCAGGAAUCACACAGAAAUGUAGUUACUGUAAGCGGUUUGGAGCGACCAUCCUUUGCCGGAAUGCCAAGUGCAAUAGACUGUUCCACUAUCCGUGUGCGGCGGGGGCCGGUGCCUUUCAGGACAUCAAGACCAUGUCCCUCCUCUGUCCUGAACACCUGGAGGAGGCUGAGACAAUAGGAGAGAAUGCGUGCUGCGUGAUCUGUGACUUGCCAGGGGACAUCUCGGACCAGCUCUUCUGUACCAGCUGUGGCCAGCACUACCACUGCACCUGCCUGGACCCCCCCGUGGAAAUCAACCCAGUGGUACGGGCCGGCUGGCAGUGCCCAGAGUGCAAAAUCUGUCAGACUUGCAGGCAACCCGGGGAUGACAGCAAGAUGCUUGUUUGUGACACCUGUGACAAGGGGUACCACACCUUCUGUCUGAAGCCGGCCAUGAACACCAUACCAAAGAACGGCUGGAAGUGCAAGACUUGUCUGAACCGUAGUGAUACAGGCCCAUUGAUUGGGACGCCAGAGCUUGCAAUGAAUUGCCGCGUGUGCGGAGACUGCGGUUCCCGGACACCUGGCAGUGGCCCCAGCUCCAGGUGGCACCUGAACUACUCGGUAUGCGACAGCUGCUACCAGCAGCGCAACAAGGGCCUGUACUGCCCCGUGUGCGGGAAGGCGUACCGACACUUCACUCAGAAGGAGAUGCUACAGUGUGACGGAUGCAGAAAGUGGAUCCAUGCUGAGUGCGAUGAUUCCGUUGACAUGGCAACGUAUCAACAGAUGAAGGAGAAUGAGUGUCAGUACGAGUAUCUCUGCCCUGUGUGUAAGAACAAGGACGACAGCGAUGUCCCCUACCUUUCGCUGUCCCCCCAGGCCAUCACGGGAGACGCCGCCGCCGCCACGGGAAACCUCUCUUCCUCGUCGUCAACGGUUACCAGCUCCGAGGCCGCCAUGGCGGAAGCUGAGCUGAGGGAGAUGGAAGAAAUGGUCGCCAAAGGAGAAGACCUUGGGGAGGCAAUGGACGAUCUUGUCUUUGCAGCUGGAAAAAAGGAGGGAGGGAUGGAGCUGAUGAGAACAGCCCAAGACCCCCUGCAGAGCUCCCAUGAUUCCCUGAUGUCGACCAAUGAGGACAGUUUUUCCAGUAUGGAUAUUGACAUGUCGUCGUCGGGCGCGUCCACCUCCGCGGGCACUAGAGGCAGUAUGACGCCGCUCCCCAUCCAGCACGGCAGCGGGAAACCCUUCGGAAAGAGAAAACUUGGUCCUGGCAGACCCAGGCAGGGCCGUGGUGCAGGUGCUCCCCCUGGCAGGAAGAGGCAGAAGCACGCCGGCCCGCCCGGCAAGAGGGGACCCAAGCCCAAAUUCAAACAGGGAACUGUAGCACUGCCUGGCACUGUGGGAGGGUCUGGUACGGAGCCGUCCCCAGAGAAGCCCAGCAAGAGUAGUAAGAAUGAUGAUGAGGAUGAGGGCAUGCACACCACGGUGGUGCUGUUCUCUACUGACGACAAGUUCACACUGAUGCAGGACAUGUGUGUGAGCUGUGGUAGUUUUGGGCAGAGCGCGGAGGGAAGACUGCUGUCCUGUUCACAGUGUGGCCAGUGUUACCACCCCUACUGUGUCAACAUCAAGAUCACCAAGGUGGUGUUGUCGAAGGGUUGGCGGUGCCUGGACUGUACGGUGUGCGAGGGUUGUGGGAAGGCGAGUGACGAGGGGCGGUUGCUUCUCUGUGACGACUGCGACGUCAGUUAUCACAUCUACUGCCUCGACCCUCCCCUCACCAAGGUCCCCAAGGGAGGAUGGAGAUGUAAAUGGUGUGUGUGUUGUACCCAGUGCGGUGCCACCUCCCCAGGGUAUAACUGUAAGUGGCAGAAUAACUACACCCAGUGUGGGCCCUGCGCCGCCAUGGUCACCUGUCCACUCUGUCAUCAGAACUACCAUGACGACGAGCUCAUCAUACAGUGUUCACAAUGCGAAAGGUGGUUACACUCAGAAUGUGACGGGAUGCACUCGGAAGAUGAAGCAGAGAGAGCAGCAGACGCCGGGUACCACUGCGUCAUGUGUCGCCCUCGCACCCAACCCUCCCCUGCCCACCCACCUCCUACCUCAGUCCACAGUGGCGCGGCAGACUCCAAGGGACCAGCAGCCCACCCGUUCACCAGACUGGCCAUCACAGAACCAGAAUCCAAGCCGAGGCCACCGCAGGAGUUUUCAGUGGAGGGUGUGUUGCUAACGGAGACGGGGCUGCGGCAGAUCGAGAGCCUGUCCAUCACCCCGCCUCCCAAGCAGAAGCGGGUGCGAAGGCGACCGCGACUUGCAGCGGCGGCUAGUCUGUCCCUGCUACACUCCCUGGCUGACCCCAAGUCAGAGGUGUCACAGGCUCUGGAACAGGGCGAAACUGGCGAGGGAAAAGAUGCGAAUGACCCAGACUUUGAUCCUGGUCCCGAGCACCACCGAGAUGAACCGGGGGACGACUCCAUGGACAUGUCUACUACGGACCCUACCAAACCUGGGGAGGGGGGAGCCAAACAGAAGAGGAAGUACAGGAGAGGUCUCAGACCAGGGAUUGGUGGUUUCUUUGCCAGACAUAGAACCAGGCCCAGUUUCAUGGGGAGGGGACGAGGGGCCGUUCCCAGGACAGGCAUGGCACCUGGUCUCCAGGCAACAGUUGCUAGGGCACCGCCCGCUUCCCUGGGAGAAGCAGGGAACUUUGUGGAUGCCCCAGAGGAAGAACAGCUGUUGGAGGCAGCUGGCCCGACCGUGGCUGCAGCUGCGGCAGCAAUGCCAGCUAUACCAGCACCUGAAGCACCCCUGUCGGGAAAAGUGGUCCGGCCCAAACGGAAGAGAAAAAGAAAACCUGGGCUGAAGGAGUCUUAUCCUGAGUAUCUACAAGAGGCGUUCUUCGGCAAAAGUUUGUUAGACACCAGUCGGACUAAAGACGGGCAGGUGAACCUGGACACCCCCUCGGACGAGGAGAGAGGUGGUACGUCCCAGGGACCCAUGAUGCACCAGCCUGUGCACCCUGCUGGUGCGGAAGGGUUCCCCCUAACUGCUCCUGGUGGUAUUGCAGGACAGCCGCAACCACAUGCAGGGCCACAACAUGCGCAGUUCCUGGCAAACCAACCUCCUCACACGGACCAUCCUCACCAUGGGGAGAUGGGAGAGACCGGUGAGAUCGAGAUGACCGAGGACGACCCUCUGGGUCUGCUUCCACACGAGCUGCCACAUGAUGAUGAGAUUAUGAGUGUCCUCAUGGGGGAAGACCUCGGCAAGGCUACAGAAGGAUUGGAUCUUGCCUCAGUAGCUGUCGAGCACGCAGAAAACUCCCAGGGUUCGCAGAACGGUGACGGGGAAAACCAGUCUGAUCCCAGCAAGGAAAAUAACCUAGACCCGCAAUUCGAAAAUAUCCUCAGUCCUGCAGCGCUAGAUAAAAUGGUUACUGAAGGUCUGGCUGAGAUGGACAGUAAGGAUGUGGAAGACCUGUUCUCAGAGGUUCUGAGUCCCGACAGUAGGGAACAACAGGGCACACCCACACCUCAAGGACUGCCUGGCACUCCCACAACAUCCAGUCAGGAGCCUACAUUUCCCAUGGGCCACCCCAUGGGACCACCCAUGCCUCAGCCACACCCUGGUUUCCAUGACAACAUGCCGCGCCCUCCUCCACCAUCAAACCUGCCGCUUGGUGGUCCCCCCUUUCCUCUGCCUUCGCAGCCUGGCUUUCCUCAGGACUUUGCCAGAGGAGAGCUUGGUUCCCCGUUCAGCCCCACGUUCGAACCCCCCAGCCCCUGGCCAGCCGGAGGGGGCCCCCCUCCCGACGGGGAGCAGGGGUCGACGGCCGAGGGGAUGACCAGGAACCAGUUCAAUGUCAUAAAGUGGGAGAAGGAGGAACAGCUGGGGGAUGAUGCUACCAUCUCUGCUGUGCUGUACGCCAACAUGCAGCAUCCUGAGCUCAAGCAGCAGUACCCAGACUGGCCCACUAGAGCCAAAGCCAUUGCCAAGCUGUGGAGGAAGGUCACUCCAGAGGAGAAGCAGCCCUUCCUCCAGCGCGCCAAGGACAACCGCGCCAAGAUGAAGAGCCUGUCCAACAAGGGCCUUCAGCACCUCAGCAACAACAGUAACAGCAACACGCCCCCCUCCACACCGACUCCCACACCCCACACACCGCCAAUCAUGCCCCCGCCCUCGCCGCUCACCCGUCAGCCCAGCGACCCCAACCUGGGCAUGAACCAGGGCCCGAACCUCGGCCUUGUCUCAAGCCCAGGUCACCCGGGAAUCGUCGCCAACCAAACCCGACCCGCGAUGGGAUCAAGCCCAAGCCACCCUGCCAUGGGAUCCAGUCCUAGUCAUCCAGGCAUGGUGUCGAGCCCGAACCAUCCCGGUCUGGUCUCUAGUCCCAAUCAUCACGUCGUUUGUCCGAAUCCUAACCAGAUAGCCAUGGGCUCCAGUCCCAAUCACCCAGCCAUGGGGAGUCCCAGCCAUCCCCCGAUGGGGUCCAGUCCCAACCAUCCUGGAAUAGGGGGGAACCAGAACAUACCACUUCCAGGUAUGUGUGCCAGCCCUACCCAGCCUGGUCUCCCACCAAACAUGCCACGGAUGGUUGGUAGCCCCGGCAUGGUGAGGAUGGGCCCCAGUGCAGGUCGUACGCUGACUGAACAGCAGCAGAGGCUACAGAAGGAACAGCGUCAGGCCUGGGAGGCGGAGCAGGAGCAGAAGUGGAAACAGCUGCAGCAGAUGAGGGCACAGCAGCAGAAACAGCAGCAACAGCUGCUGGCAGAGGCCACCAAGUCGGAAUCAGCAGAACUCCGCGAGAACAAGAAGAAAAGACUGGAGGAGGAAAGCCCGGAGAAGUCCGGACCCAACAACGGCACCCCUACCAGCCAAUCAGAAUCCAGCAUGAUGCCCCCGCCUCCGCUGCCUCCGACCUCUGACUCCUUACCACCCUCCAGUAUGGCCCAGGACUCGUUUGCGGCCCCACAUCCACCGCAGGCAGACUCGACUGACCCCUUCGUUGCACCUAAGGCACCUGCGCCGCGAGCAAGGUCCCUGUCACUGACGAGCCAAUCGGAUGAUCCGUACGCUCGCAUGCCGGGUACACCACGGCCAUCGCCGCAAGACCCGUACGCGGUACAGCCGGGAACCCCUCGACCGAGGUCCAACUCCGAUCCCUUCGUGUCGAGGCCUCCGCCCGAGGAUCCUUACUCCCACAUGCCUGGUACUCCGCGGCCCGCACCACCAACAAUGUCCGACGACCCUUACGCAAAAAUGCCGGGUACACCGCGACCAGGAACCGGGAAUCGGGACCCCUUCCAGCGACCUCCAUUACAAAGGUCCCUCAGCGACGAUCCCUAUGCUAAGAUGCCGGGGACCCCAAGACCAGGCCCGCAAGCCAACCCGUUCGUACGUCCAUCCAUGCCUGUACGGAGGGCAUCGGCGGAUGACCAGUUCUCACAGAUGGCCCAGCGACCUCAGCUGCCCGCUGAUGACCCAUAUGCCUCCAUGCCUGGCACACCCAGGCCCCCACCCCAGAAUGACCCCUUCAUCCCACCCAUGUCACAACCCAGUGGUGACCCAUACCAACCCACUCCUGUACAGGAUGACCCAUAUGCUAAAAUGCCAGGCACACCCCGCCCUGGUCCAAGCAGGGAUCCCUUCAAAAUGCCGGCGGCUCCAAGACCACCCGGUCAGCAAGACCCGCUCAUGCCGCCACCUGGGCGUCCACCAUUCUCCCAAGCAUCACGACCAGUCGGCCCAUCUGGGCCCUUCCCCAAACCAACCCUCCCUGACAACGACCCAUACGCGCAGCAGCCCGGCACCCCAAGGCCGACCCAGGACAGCGACCCCUUCAACCCGGGUCCUCCGCAGAACACACCCUUCCCACCCAGGAUGGUCGGCCCACAGGACCCGUUCGGCCCCAGACCGGGCGGGAUGAUGUCCCCACGGCAACAGGGACCAUGGCAACAGCAGGGCGGAGCCCCCUUCCCGCAGAACGCCCCACCGUUCGACCGUAACCCUGGCGGUAUGGUCCAGCCCCGACCUGUGAUGGAGAGAAGGUACCACCUGUCACAGCAGGGGAGGGUGUUCGCUGAGGGGAUGCAGGGACAGGGACCAGGGCCCGUCAUGCCGGCGGACUCGCAGCACGCACUGAAACAGCAGAUGGGCAUGAUGGGGGGAAACAACCAGAGCGCCAUGCAGAGCAUGAUUGAGAAACGCCAGCAAAUCCGAGAACUGCUGAGACAACAGCAGGAGCGACGCAGGCAACGCCAGCAGAUGGAGCAAGUCAAGGAGGAACAGUUUGGUGCACAGAUCCCGUUGAGACACUGGUCACCAGAGGACUCCCAGGGGCCGCCUCCCCCCUACGCAGGGCCACACGGACCCACCAGCACUGCCAGCAACAUGCUACCCGAGUCAUGGCCACCACAGAACUUCCCUGGAGACAGGCCUCCCCAACCAGGCGACAUGCACGAACCCUUCCCGCCGGGACAGAGGCCUCCCUUUAUGACGGGAGAGGAGCGGAUGCGACCGCCCUUCCUUCCCCGCGGGCAGAUGUUCAUGAACCCGAGGAUGCAGGCGCAGUUUGGUGGCGACAACAGGCCGGACGGCGGUCAGAUGCAGUUCCCACGAGGGCCCGGCCCGAACUUCCCCGGCCAACAGCCGGGCGACGACAUGCAGGCAAACAUCCCGCUCCAGCUGAGGCACCCGCGAGGUCCGUUCCCCCAAGGCCCCCGAGGUCAGCAAUACAUCGAGCUAAAAAGGCCUGAUGAGGGCCCGGUGCCGGGCGGCAUGAUGGGGGAAAGGCCCCGUAACCCUUACAUCCAGAUCGUCCAGGAGAGGCUGCAGCAGCGCAACCUGAUGAUGCAGCAAAACCAGCAGAGGAUGAUGGGACCCCAGCCUAGGCUCCAGCACCCUCCCCCGGGCAUGCAGCCUCCGACCUCCAUGGAGCCCUUCGUUGAUCCACUCGGACGGCAGAGCCAAAUGGCGGAAAACCAGGCCAAGUUUCCGUUCGAAAACAACGGGGUGCCAAGCGGCUUGAACCAGAUGGGCCCUCGUCCGUUCCAUCCGGGACCGCCCCACCCUCCUUUCACCUCCGCAUCGCAGCAGCCGUUUCCCAGCAUGCCAGGCAGAGCCCCUGAGAACCAGGGCAUGAACCCCCAACAACAAGAACAGCAGCAGCAACAACAGCAACAACAGAGUAGCCAGCCGCCUCCAACUGGGGAUGAGACAAACUUAGAUCCAUCGCAUGACGACCUUCAAGAUGCAAACAUCGAUGACGAGCUCUUCCUUGGCGGAGACGACUUUGACAUCUUACAAUAUGCUGACCCUGAACUGGAUAAGCAGCAGAUGUUCAAUGAUAUCAUGGGUGACCCCAGGGAGGAUCAGAAGAAGGAGAAACAGCCUGAAGAGAAAAAGCAGGGGGAGGUGGACAGUAAGAUGGAACAGCCUGGUGCAAGUGGUAGCAGUGACCAAACUACUGGAAACCAGUUCACUCCAAAGAAUGGCGCAAGUCCUGAACAGAAGGACACAGGAUCAAACAAUGCAACAAAAGAAAACUCCCCUGCAAGUGAAGCAGACAAAGUAAAAGACGAAAUAAAAGCAGAGACGGACCCAACAACUGGAGGAGAGGAUUCUGGGAAGCAAGAGGGAGAGGUACAGGGUGCUGCAGGGAAUGCUGGGACAGAGGGCCAACAGAACCAGGGUGAACCCAAGUCAGCAGAACCCAGUCAGCAGGGAGAUGGUCUGAAACAAGAGAGUCCAGGGGACACUGCAGAAGGCAAAUCAGUGUCUGGGGAAAGCCCAAAGACUGGAGAGCAACAGCAAGCCUCCUCAACGCAACAACAGUCUCUUGAGAAAGACCCCAGUGUCUCAGAAUCAGGUAUUGUUCUCGAAGGGGUUACAAAAGAAGAGCCUACCGUUGCUUCUUCCUGUAACGUUACCACCGCCACGAGUAGUAUACCAGGUCCCAGUGCAGAACUCCAGAAUGUGGGGGUUACAUCGUCUGCGGUUGUCCAGCCACCCAGCUGUCUACAGACAAGUAUGGCGCAACAGGGUGGCCCACCUCUGACAUCAGCUGCAGGUACUAGUAUGCAGACUGGCCUAGGGGGCGCUCCAGUGUCCAUCGGCAUGCCGACACCCAGUAGUCAAGGGCUCAUCCAACCCACUGCAGGACAGCUACAAGCAGGUGCUCUUCACUUGAGGAAGGAACGUCGGCUGCUGCUCGAGGAACAGCCGCUGCUGCUGGAAGACUUGCUGGAACAGGAAAGGCGGGAACAGGAACAGCAGAGGCAGCAGCAUCAACAGCAACAGGUAACAGCACCUGAUGACACAAAGCCGGGGACAUGGCCGCCCCAGCAGACCGCCCCUGUUUCCGAACCGCCUCCUCCGAUUCAGACUCAGUCUCCCACGCCUCAGGCCGCCUCCGCGCCGCCUCCGAACCAACCUCGAUCAAUAAAAGAGAUGAUGCUUCAGUUUGGGCAGGGCGGGCCCGCCUCGCUCUUCAGAAACUUUGAUACGGACAAAAUGUCCCAAAUGUCUGACCCCAUCGCCAAGGCCAAGGCACGGGUCCUGAUGAAAAUAAGCCAGGUGGUUCAGCAGAUACAAGGCAGUGGUCCUCACGCGCAGAUGCUGCAGGCUAUGAACACCAUGCACCACCUGCAGCAGCAGCAACAGGGGGGAGGGGGGCAGCAGCCGCAGCAGCUACAGCCCGGCAUCCGUCCACCCUUCCUGCCCAACAUGCCCAACAACCCGGGCAAUGGGCAGCCGGGAUUCCGCCCUAACUUCCCUGCACAGUUCCAGCAGGGGGGUAACGGACAGUUUGGCAACAACGGUGAGGGAUUCAACGUUGGUCCCCAGCCCCCCGUGCCCUUCCCUAACGGACCUAACGGGGAGAUCGACCCCCAGCAGCAGAGACAGUACGAGGAGUGGCUGUUCCAGCACCAGCAGCUGCUGCAGAUGCAGCAGAAAAUGCUGGAAGCUCAGGUGGGUAAACAGAAGAAGCAGAAGAAGUCCCUUGCUGCCCGUCAACGCCAGCAGAAGAAGAACGGGCAGGAGCUGACAGAGACAGACGAGAACCAGCUGAAGGCCAUGACAGAGCAGCAGAGCGUUCUGCAGAAACAGCUGCAGCAGGUCCGGGAACAGCAGAAAAAACACUCCAUUCUCAUACAGGAAUACCGUAUGAAGCAGCACGAACGAGCCCAGGAGCAGCAACAGUCUCUGCAACAGUCCGGCUUCCCACCCCAGUCCAUGAUGGGCCCCAACAACAGCCCCAACCCCAUGAUGCCCCAGCGCAUGUCUCCCAUGAUCCCCCCCGGGCAGCACUCCCCUCUGCUGUCCCCACGGUUGGACCAGUCCCCGAUGCGACACCCGACACCGCCCAUGGGCCAGGCCUCCCCCUCGCUUGGUGCAGGUCCGCCCGUGCCCCUUUCGGCGCAGCAGUUUAGCGAGACGGGGCCCCCGCCGCAACCGACCCCCCAACAACAGGCGGCACAACAGCAGGCGCAGAGGAUGCCGCCGCGUGUCGUUCUGGACGACAACAAUCCCUUCAGCGAGGCCUUCCAGGAGCGGGAGAAGCGGGAGCGGAUGGAGCGUCUGCGGGAGCAACAGGAGAGGCAGCGCAUGCAGCUGCAGCAGGAGAUCGAGCAGCAGAGAAGGCUGCAGCAGAUGGAGAGACAGGACCAUGACUGGCACAACCAGGAGGUUGUACAGAACAACCUGGCCAAUGAGAGGCGGCAGGGCAUGAUGGAGCUGCCGUUCUUCAACACGCCUGAGAUCCCAGAUAUCGCCGGGCAGCUGCAACAGAACCCAAACCCACAGCAGCAACAACAGCAGCCGCCUGGGCAGCAGCAGGGGCCUCCAUUCAUGGGUCCAGGCCAGGGCCAGCCUCCGAUGGGCCAGGGCCCACGGUUUCCCCCUGGUGGGCCAAACUUCCCUCAGGGUGGCCCCGGCUCCUUCCCUCGCGGCCCUCUCAUGCAUCCCAGAAUGCCCUUCCCGGGCCCUAUGGGUCCGAUCGACCCCCAUCAGGGCUUUCCAGUGCCUCCUAACUACCCCAUGUCCGGCACACCGCCGGAAACGGAAAAACCCAAGCCGAAGCGGAAAAGAAACCGCAAGAAAAAGAAGUCGGCCGACAGCGAAGAACCUCCGCCACCCUCAAUGCAACAACAACAAGGUAUGCCUCCUGAUAUACCUCAGAACCCGAUGAACCCACAGGCUCCCACAAUGCCUCAUCCUGGCAUGGUACAGGGUAAUCCCAUGAUGCAGCCUGUUAGGAGAGACCCUUCCCAGCCUCCCUUGCUGGAUCAGAGCUUUACCGUUCCUCUCAGACAUAUCGCCGACGGAUCCCAGGGACAACUUGACAUGAACAAGCACUCCCUCCUCUUACAACAUCUAACAACGGAACAGAAGGACGCUCUUCGCAUGUCCGCAACCACAGGCGAUGGCCCUCUUAGACCAGACUCAAUAGACCCUGACAAACUCAAGGCAGAGACAUUAAAACUGGAUCCUCAGAAACUUGAGACUGGGAAUGGAGAGGGAGAGAAAGGGAAGGAGGAAGACAUAGAAGACGGGAAGGGUGAUGGGAAUGGUGAUGGAAAGAAAGACAGUCCAGAGAAGCCUGCUGCCAACCAACUCCUGAAAGCUCUGCUGCAGGGAACUCCCACUCAGAAUUUGCUUGCUAAGGCUGGCCUGCCCCCUUGUAAAGCACUACAAGAAGCACAGGACGUCACAGUUGAGGCCUCCACCCCCGAAAAGGUGAAGAAAGAAGAGCAGGACGACUCAGACGACGAGGAAGUCAUCAACAAGCUGAAGCUGACCCCAGAACAACAGAAACAGCUGGAGAUGCUGGAACAGAUGCCUGAGACCGUCCCGAAGUCCCGUGGUGAACGCGGUCUGUUGGAGAGUUAUCCCUUCAGCCUCGUGAAGGGGCAAAACAAGUGGCCAACACUCAACAAGAAAAAGGAAUGGGACCCCAAGAGCUUGUCAUCCCUCCCCCCAGCACACAGUGCUCCCGAUGUCAUCGUUAGAGAACAGGAGGAGUUUGAAAGAAGGAGACAAGAAUACCAGCAACAGUUGAAGAAGAGGAAGGAGACGCAAACCAAACGGGCCUCCAAGAAGCGUAAAAAAGACGAGGAAGAUGAGAUAACGAAGAUGAAACAAAACCGGUUUCCCUCUACAGAAAUGAUCAUGAGCACUGUAAAACAGUUGUCCCUUUGUGAGCCUGAGAUCAGCGUGAACUUUGCCCUCUUCCCGCCCUACGGGAGCGGACCCCUCAAUGGAGACAACCAGCUGAAGGGGACGUUCGGUCACGCCUUCCUCGACGGGGUCCAGGACUAUUACUCCAACUUCCUGAAGAGCGAAACGCUCAGUAACCCCCCGACCCCUCCGGCCUCCCUGCCCCCCACACCCCCUCCUCCCGGAAUGGCGCGACCCCCCAUGGUCAACGGUCAUCUGCAUCCAGAUGAGAUCCUGGGGACCCGUAGGGCGAAGCUGAUUGGUGAUCAGAGAUCACAUGAUCAAGGUAAACUGGAGACGGAACCCGAGCCCAGGAGAUACCAGCUCCUCCCUCACUCCGAGGUCUCCAUGACAACCGCAGACGAGCUGAUGAAGGAGAUGGUCUCACACCAGCGUACCAUCACGCGGGCAGAGAACAGCACCGUGCUGGGCCUGGACGGGGGCAAGACGAUGCAGGAUGUGAACGUGCCUCCGUCACUCCCCACCCCUCCCCCCAGCAACCUGGCUCCGGGAGAGGCUCCAAGAUUUAGCCGAGAUGCGACCACACCAGACAGCAUCGUGCCGUCCUCCUCCCCCGAGAGUGUGAUCGACGAUGAACCUCCCCCUCAGCCCCCCAAACUGAUCAGCCUCAACAGGGGACCCAACCGGGGACCUUCCCCCACGAUUCCACUCAUCGCUCCCACGCCUAGAAGAGGUCAGGAAUAGACAUUCAGCUUUCUU